GUUUUUAGAAUAAAUUAAAAAUCUAAAGAUAUUCACAGAAGACAAGAAAAAGCAGCAAAUCUUCAGAACUGAGAAACUGAGAAGCUUAUCAAAAAUAAUAGCUUUAUUUUGUCGAUCAACCAAUCAAGUAUUUGUUAAUACUGACUAGUGCUCCCCAUGACUAGUAAACUGAGUUUGAUAUGUGAAAUUGGUGGGGUUCCCCUUUAAUCUGGAAAAUCAAAACCAAGACUAAGAAAAUAAGAUGUGGGAUUUAAAAAAGUAUUUUUCAAAUCCAAGCUCUUAUUAAGUCGUUUGUUUGUUUAAGGACUUAAAAUGUGUUCAAACAAGAAAUAGUUUCUAAAAUUAGGAUACCUCGCAAUAAAUCUGGAAGUUUAACAUCAGUGAAAACUUGCUUACGAAGCUUUAACACCCAAAUAUAAUAAUAGCCAAGUCAGGAUGACAGCAUUAAAUAAAUCAUCCAUUGAGCAAAGUAGCCAAACUAGCUGGUCAGGAUACAGAGUGGGAGGAGACAGACGAGCAUCAGAAUGGGCUGAGCUUCACCUGCUGUAAAUAGCUGUGUCCUUAGCAGAGAGGAGAGACCGGGGCCACAAUGCUCAGGCCAGGUGAAGAUGUGGACCUCAGUAAGAACAAAGUAAAAGUGACCUGACAGGGAAGGAGGGGACGCAGGAGAGGAAUGAAAGACUCAUUGUCUGAGGUGGACCUGAGCACUUGAGUCAACAGUCUAAAUAACUUUUUGCAUCAAGAGUUUGUGUCGUGACUCUCCCCAAACAUGGCAGCUACAAGGCGAUUUGCUCUUUGCCUCUGCAUGUUGCUGAUGGCGUCCAGAGCCCCCAGCGUGGCCAGUGAGGAGACAGGACACGACACUGACCCUGGCUCUGUGGACAGAGGACACGACGAUCAAGGGACCGCCACAAACUCCAGAACUGACAGUGGACAUGGUGACAGUGAUCAUGAAAGUGCUGCCGGAGAAGGUGGUGAUGAAGGGGGGCCCAUAACCACUUUGCCUAUUGUGAGCUGGAAGUGGCACCAUGUCUCCACCCCCUACCUGGUGGCCCUUUGGAUCCUGGUCAGCUGGCUCUGCAAGAUCAUCAUCGAGGCCAACCACCAUGUGACCAGUGUGAUCCCAGAGAGUGCCUUGCUCAUCUGCUUUGGCUUCAUUCUGGGGGGGAUCAUUUGGGGUGCAGACCAGGUGCAGACCUUCAAGCUGACCCCAACGGUGUUCUUCUUCUACCUGUUGCCUCAAAUCAUCCUGGAUGCGGGCUAUUCCAUGCCAAACAAGCUCUUCUUCAGCAACAUGGGCGCCAUCUUGGUCUACGCCGUCAUUGGGACCUGCUGGAACGCCGCCAGCUUGGGGCUGUCGCUGUGGGGGUGUCACAAGGGGGGAGCCAUGGGUGACCUGGACAUCGGCCUGCUGCAGUAUCUUCUCUUCGGCAGUCUGAUUGCUGCUGUGGACCCUGUGGCCGUCAUCGCCGUGUUCGAGCAAGUCCACGUCAACGAGGUCCUCUUCAUCAUGGUGUUUGGAGAGUCGCUGCUCAACGACGGCGUGACAGUGGUGCUCUUCAAUGUCUUUGAUGCAUUUGUGUCACUGGGAGGAUCUGGAAUUAAUGCUGUGGAGAUCAUUAAAGGAAUCAUUUCCUUCUUUGUGGUGGCGUUUGGUGGUUCCCUCGUGGGCUUUUUGUUCGGCCUGCUGAUCUCUCUCCUGACCAGGUGCACUAAAAACAUCCAGAUCAUUGAGCCAGCGUUCGUCUUUGUCUUGGGAUACCUCGCCUACCUGACUGCUGAGAUGCUCUCCCUGUCUGCCAUCCUAUCGAUCGUCUUCUGUGGCAUGUGCUGCCAGAAGUACAUCAACGCCAACAUGGACGAGAAGUCCGUGUCCACAGUCAGAUAUGUCAUGAAGGUUCUCGCCAACGGAUCAGAAACCAUCAUCUUCGUGUUCCUGGGGAUCUCGGCCAUUGACAAGUCGAUCUGGGUGUGGAACACGGGCUUCAUCCUCCUCACGCUCCUCUUCAUCUUUGUGUACAGAAUUAUCGGUGUCUUUUUCCUCACCUGGAUCUUGAACAAGUACAGGCUGGUCCCCGUGGAGUUUAUAGAUCAGGUGAUUAUGAGCUACGGUGGCCUGCGAGGGGCUGUCGCGUAUGGCCUGGCUGCGAUGCUGGAUGGGAGCAAGAUAAAGGAGAAGAAUCUGAUGAUCUGCACUACUCUCAUCGUAGUGUACUUCACCGUCAUUCUUCAGGGAAUAACGAUGAAACCUCUGGUCAACUGGCUUAAAGUCAAAAGAGCUGCAGCGACGGAGGUCACACUCGUAGAAAAACUGCAGAACAAAGUGUUUGAUCACAUGCUUGUUGCCAUAGAAGAUGUAUCGGGACAAAUAGGACAUAACUACAUGAGGGACAAGUGGAAUCACUUCGAGGGGAGGUGGAUGUCGAGGAUUCUGAUGAAGCCGUCGGCGAGGAAAGCCCGCGACUACGUCUUCAACGUCUUCCAUCAGCUGAACAUCAAGGAUGCUAUGAGCUACGUGGCUGAGGGCGAACGCAGAGGUUCUCUGGAGUUUGUCCGCAAUGAAACCGCGUUCAUCGACUUCAAGAAGAAGUUCGACGACGACUUCUAUGAUGUCAUCAUGGCCGACACGUCGAACGAUCACAGUGCAAUGUCCUCGAUGAGUGGAAGAGACCCUGUGCCAUCAGUGAGCCUGGAAAUGCACGAGCAGACCAUGAAGGGUGUGAGGGAAACAGAGGACAUUAACACUCACCACCUGCUGCAGCAGCAUCUCUACAAGGGCAGGAAACAGCACCGGCACAGAUACAGCCGGAGCCAUUUCAACGUCAACAAGGAUGAAAACGAGGUGCAGGAGAUCUUCCAGAGGACCAUGAGGACUCGUUUGGAGUCCUUUAAGUCUGCAAAGAUGGGCGUUGCUCCACCAAAGACGAUUACCAAGCACACAAAGAAAGACCAGCAGCAAAAGGUGCCAAAUGGGAAAUCAACGGACAAAAGUAAAAGCUACUAUUCUGGUGAUGAAGAUUUUGAGUUCUCAGAGGGAGACAAUGCGUCUGGCUUAGAGGCAUCAGGCGGUUCAUACCCCUUCCCCAUGAUGGUCACCUACAGAGCAGGAGCUGGCAUUGAGAAUCCGGGCUUCAUGCCGGACCUGGACCCCAUGGCACCGGUGCAGAUCCCCCCGUGGCUGGCGGAGGCCGAGCUCGACGGCGGCGCGGUGGCCCCUUCGCAGCGGGCCCAGCUGAGGCUGCCGUGGACACCCAGCGACCUGCGCCACCUGGCCCCCCUGCGCAUCGGCACUCAAUCCACCGACUCCUUUACGCAGGCCGACGCCCCCGCCGCACAGCAGAUGGACGUCGGGCCGCCGCUGACUCCACCUCCGCCGCCUCCCUCUCACCCAGACAGUUGCCGCAUGUAGCAGCAUCCCCCACCCCUCCCCCGUCUCCCUUUAACCCCGGCCGCCUAAGGCGCAGAACCUGACCUCAGACUUUGCAGUCUACUCUCAAAAUAUUGACUAGGGAGAAUGUUUUAUUUUCCGUGCCGUUGCUUAAUCUGACUCCCGAGUCUCUAGACCAAACAUUCACAGUCCCACAACCUUUGUGCCCUUCUCCUCAGCUCCUCUUGCUCUAACUUCACCCUUCACUGAGCAAAGGGAGGCUGCUCGUAAAAACCUGUGUGCAGGCUGGGCAUGUUAUUUACCAGCACGCGUUGAACAUUGUUAUAUUUGCCCCUCGGGUUCACAGUAAAACGGUCAAACAUUGCAAGUCCGUCCCGGUGGAGUAUCUCAUCCCUGAAUGUGAUGCAGAAACCUUUUUUUCAAGAAUGUAGAUAUUUAUGAGUUGUGUUGUUUAGAAAGAUAAUAGAUUUAAUCGAGAGUGCCAUGAAAAUAAUUCCAGCUCCAUAAUCUGAAUUGUUACAUUGUUUGUGUGUGUGUUCUCGAAGUUCAAUAUUAAAAUGUCACAUGUACGAUAGAGACAUAUUAUAUUUAUUCACAAAUGAAGGCUGGUAUCGUGUGGACAUGUCAUCUCAAAUGAGGGCAUAUAUUUUAUGAUCCUCCAAAAAAUAACAUUCCGCUGACUGCUGUUAAACUGUGUGCAUUUAAAUAUGGAUUUAGAAAUAAAAAGAGUCUUUGUGGAGUGAAAUGAUUAUUUCAUUAAGUAGUAGACUGUAAUAAAAUAAACCACAGCUACUUU